GGGUGUUUCAUAAAGCUGUUCGUAAGUGCCAGAGUUGUGCGUAAGUGCCCUGAGUUGUGCGUAAGUGCCCAGAGUUGUGCGUAAGUACUCCGAGUUGUGCGUAAGGUUGUGCGUAAAGUCGUGCGUAAAGAUACGAACAACUCGGUCCGUUUCAUAAAGGUUUGAGUUGUGCGUAAGUCCAAAAAGUCAUGCGUAACUUUACGAUAGGUUUGGGCUGUUCUUAACUUCAAGAGGUUGUUCGUAAAGUUGUGCGUAAGUGCAGUCAUAGUCAUAGCAACAAAAUGGCUGCAAGAAGGAGGAGGGUUUUCCUGCCAAGAGAGGAUCCAUUUGAUGGCCUGGAUGACAGGAAAAUCAAGAAAGCUUAUCGGUUUACGAGGAAUGGGAUCCUGCACAUUGUAGACAUCAUAAGGGCAGACUUGGAGCACAGAACUCAUCGAAAUAGAGCAUUGCCAGUGCUACUCCAAGUCUGCAUUGCUCUAAUGUACUAUGCUGGGGGCACGUUGCUGUACCAAAUCGCACGUGCCCACAAAGUGAGCAAUGCUUCCGUGAGUAGGUGUAUUCGGAACGUGACGUUGGCACUAGUUCGACGAAGAAGCGAGUUCAUCAAAUUCCCUACCGGAGCUGAGGCUGAUCGGGUGAAGAAUGAUUUCUUCGUGAUAGCAGGUUUCCCGAGUGUUUUGGGAGCUGUGGAUUGCACGCACGUCGGCUUGAAUUCUGCAGUUCUCGGGGAAAACGAAGCAAUUUACGUGAACAGAAAGUUUCGGCACUCCAUAAAUGUGCAGAUGGUUUGCGACGCAAAAUACGUCAUUACCAACGUCGUCGCAAGAUGGCCCGGAUCAGUCCAUGAUGCACGAAUCCUUAACAUGAGCCACCUUGGAGAGUUUCUGCAAAACAGAAGGGAAAGUGGUUAUCUCUUGGGAGACAGUGGCUACCCCCUAAGACGAUGGAUUCAAACCCCAUUUGGUCAAGACAAAGAUGACACACCUGCGAAGAAAGCCUAUAACAGGGCACAUGCACGGACACGAUGUUUGAUUGAAAUGACGUUUGGACAGCUGAAAAACAAGUUCAGGUGCUUGAAGGGGCAUGGGAUGCAGAUGGAACCAAGGAGAGUCUGUGAUGUUGUUGUUGCAUGUGCAGUCUUGUACAACAUAGCUAAGUUAUUAAAUGAACCACCAGACGAAGAAGAAGAAGCGGAUCAACAGCCUGAAAAUGAAGAGGGAAGAAAUGAUGAAGUCAAUGUGGAAGAAAAUGAUGAUCAUGAGUACCAGGUUGGCCAGAUGGUACAAAUGGAUAUUGUUAAUGAUUUCUUUACAUAGUCUAAUUCAUAUAUAUUUCUUUCAGACCAAGACCUGACCCAAACGUAAAAUUGACAAAUCAUAUACCGAUUAAAAGCUUAUAAACUACUGAAUAAACAAUGUACCGGUAAUUUUUUUCACCACCGAGCAGUUGAAUAUUUUGCUUUAGAAUAGCUCUAAUUAUUGUGCUUUUCAUCGGCCUAAAAAUUGUGAAGUAAUGUUGUGAUUAGGUUUGUACACAUAAAAACUGAAAUAUUGUCAGUGCCUUUUUCCUCUCCAAAUGAAGGUGAAUAUAUAAAUCUGGAAAUUAAAAAAAAUCAACAAUUUUUUCUGUGUAAAAACCUUUGUAAUCCUAACACUCCUGACACCACAUGAUUCAAACUGUUAAAAAAAUCAAUAAAGUCUUUUUAGGCAAUAUACUCUGCUGUCUAGCAGUGAAUAUCAGACUUACAACAUUGCACUAUGUAAUUCCCACUUGUAAAUUUAACUUCAAUCUUGGUCUUUAAGUUAUGUGUUCAGGUACAUUGCAGACUCUCUUUGGUACCUUUGAUUAAUGUAGAAAGUUGAUAACAUAAUCCCAAUUGUAAUUGAGGGUUGGCGGUUGGGGAAUAUAAUUAGUCUCAUUGAAUGCAUUACAUACUUUUUAUCAAUAUCAUAGCAUAAUAUCAAUCACUAAGGGUUGGUCAUUAUUAUUACCAGUAACACUUUCAUUUUCUAGAUGUGAUUUAAUUGCAAAUGUCAUCUAUUGCUUACCGUGAAUUAUGUAAUCCAUUACUUUUGUGAUAAUUAUUUGGAACCCGUAUGAUGUUUAACUGAUAGCUAUUUAUUGAAUAAAAGAAGUAUGAGCAUUGUGACAGCAACUUUUAAUGACAGUUUCAUGUCACCAUAUUGAAUAAACAG